CGGUUCAUAUAGUUUUAUUUUAAUAUCACGUAUUUUUGCCACUCUGAAAAUUUCAAAGUUUAUGUAUAAAAAAAGUGUUUAGAAAAUAUAAAUUCUAUAAUGUAUUAUGUUUCUAAAGUUUUUCUUUUAGAAUAUUUAUUAUAAUCAAUAAGUAAAGUUACAAGUUAUAUUUUGCAAACUUUUUUUCAAGAACGAUAAAAAAAGAUUUAAAGUACAAUUGAACCAUUUCAAUGGUUAAGGACAUAAUAAUAUUACAUAUUUACCUGUUUUUUAACAUUGCUCUUCUGUCUAAUUAACGUCUCAAGAAUAAUUCCAGAUUACGUCAAUAAUAUCAUGAAUGAUAAGAGGAAAGAAACAACCUUGGAACGAUCUAUAUCUACUAAAGUGGCUAGAGAAUAAGUAACAGCGGCAAAAUGUUGAUAAAAGAAUAUCGAAUACCGCUGCCUCUCACUGUAGAAGAAUAUAGAAUUGCUCAGCUUUACAUGAUAGCGAAAAAAUCUAGAGAAGAAAGUCAAGGAGCAGGCAGCGGUGUAGAAAUAAUAGUAAAUGAACCCUAUAGUAAUGGUCCAGGAGGAAAUGGACAAUAUACUCAUAAAAUUUAUCAUGUGGGCAGUCAUCUUCCAGAAUGGUUCAAAAGUUUGUUACCUAGGUCCGCAUUAAUCGCCAAGGAAGAAGCAUGGAACGCUUAUCCUUACACAAAAACUCGUUAUACUUGUCCUUUUGUUGAAAAGUUUUCUAUCGAAAUAGAAACGUACUAUUUUCCUGACAAUGGUUACCAAGAAAAUGUCUUCAAGCUCAGUGGUAGUGAUUUAAGAAAUAGAAUUGUAGAUAUAAUUGACAUUGUAAAGGAUCAAUGUGACUAUGUGAAAGAGGAGGAUCCUAAAUUGUAUGUAUCUCAGAAAACUAAUCGAGGACCUCUUACGGAAUCAUGGCUAGAAGAAUACUGGGCUGAUGUAAAAGGAAAGCAACAACCGACAUCAUCCGGAAAAUCAUUAAUGUGUGCAUACAAAUUAUGCCGUGUAGAGUUCCGUUAUUGGGGUGUACAAACCAAAUUAGAAAAAUUUAUACACGAUAUAGCUUUGCGAAAAACUAUGGUUAGAGCUCAUAGACAAGCUUGGGCUUGGCAAGAUGAAUGGAACGGUUUGACUAUGGAAAAUAUUCGAGAAAUUGAACGACAAACACAAUUGGCAUUGCAAAAAAGAAUGGCCAACGCAGAGGGUAGUGAAGAAUCCCCGAAUGACAAUCAAGAGAAAUCUAUUUCCAAUACGACGAUGACUCCUCAAGAAUCAGAUGUUGCCAUGACGUUAGCUGCCACACUUGGAAGCAUCGAGAAAAAUGAAGAUUUUCAAAGUCCUACAAGUGCUAGAAAAUCAUCUGAUAUACCAAUGACAAAUACAGCUAUCAGUUCAGAGGGUGAAGUUAGUCCCGAAGAUUCGCCGACUGAAGUACCCGAGCUUAGAAAUGCUUCUACUGAAGAAAAAGCAGAUGCAAAGAAAUCAUGGAAGAAGAAUAAAGCAGCAAUGAAUUCGCCAUGCUCGAAUAAAAGUUUUGAUAUGCAAAUAGCAAAUUGGCGCAUGGAAAGUAUCGUGAGAGAAUCCGAAUCUGAUAGUGAAGAUGAGUUUUUUGACUGCCAAGCUGGGUUCAUUAUACCUAUUAUAUGCGAAGAGAACUUUGGAGAUAACUCUUCAUUAGCUAAAUGGAGUUCUUUGGAUCUUCUAGCAGAAGAGGACGACAAUACGUUCACUUCGUCCACUAUGGCAAACAAAGAAGACGACACGAUAUUUUCAUCUUCAUAUCUACAACGAAUGGCUAGUGAACGUAGCAGUAAAAGAUUGCAAAUUUCUACUUCAGCCAGUAUUGAUGCCUCAUAUCCAGCUUCACCUCAACAUUCUCCAACCCAUCAACCAUGCAAAACUACUGUCCUUCUUAUUGUAAUGCAUGCAGGAAGUGUACUAGAUGCUAAUGUUGAUUUAACGGCGAAAAAAUCAGAUAUCACAACUUUCAAAGGAGCCUUCGAAUCUGUAAUGAGACAGCGCUAUUCCAGUAUGGUCGGACAUGUUGCUAUUAAGUUCGUUUCUUGUCCAUCAAUUUGCACUGAAGGUCUUGGUAUUUUAUCGAGUUUAAGUCCUUAUAGUUUCGAUGUUUCACCUUCCUCUAUGGAUGCUCCUCAAGUAACACACGAUACUAUUCCAAUUGGUGCUAUACCUCUGCUUGCUAGUUCUACUUCUGAAUAUCAGGAUGCUGUCUCACGAGUUAUAGCAGGAGCGAAUCAAGUUUAUCAUGAUUUUAUCAAAAGUGAAGAAGGUCGUGGUUUUACGGGACAGAUUUGCUUUAUUGGAGAUUCAGUAGGAGCGAUUUUAACAUAUGACGCUUUGUGUAGAUCUGUUCAUUCUAGACAUAAUAGCGAGAACAAUAUUUUGGAUAAUCAGGGCAUUGAGAAUAGCAUGAACACUGAAGAUGGCAAACACUUGACUGCACCUUCUCCUAGAAGGAAAUCUUCUAGUACAUGUGAGAGUUCACAUUCUAAAUUGGAUUUUGAUGUAGGAGAAUUUUUCAUGUUUGGUAGUCCACUUGCUUUAGUAUUAGCAUAUAGAAAAAUUUCUGCAGAUAAAUCUACUAAUAUAAAGAGACCAUUGGUGAAUCAAUUAUAUAACUUAUUUCAUCCUACUGAUCCUGUAGCUGCUAGAUUAGAACCACUCAUUUCUGCAAGAUUUUCUCUUCUUCCGCCUGUGAAUGUAGCUCAAUAUCAAAAGUAUCCAUUAGGAAAUGGACAGCCUUAUCAUUUGUUGGAAGCUAUUCAAACAAAUCCACAAUUAUUUACGGAUGGAUUAAAUAUUCCAAAUAUGUCAAUGUCCCAUUUAAGACGACUGUCCGAUAUAUCGAUUCAUAGUACGAUGUCUGGUGUAGUUGAAAAUGUUCCUUUGCAAGUAAUAUCAAAUUUAACACAAAAAUGGUGGGGUACAAAGAGAUUAGAUUAUGCUCUCUAUUGUCCUGAAGGUUUAGCAAAUUUCCCUACAAAUGCUUUGCCUCAUCUUUUUCAUGCCAGUUAUUGGGAAUCUUUUGAUGUUAUUGCAUUUAUUCUGCGACAAUUAGGCAGAUUUGAUUUACCAUUACUCGCAAAUGAAGAGAAAGAAUUAACUUGUUUCCGUCCAGGUCAACCUAGAGAGAAAUGGAAUAAGAAACGUACUUCUGUUAAACUUAAGAAUGUUGCUGCCAAUCAUAGAGCAAAUGAUGUAAUUGUUAGAGAAGGAGCACCUCAAGUGCUGAUUGCUAGAUUUAUGUAUAGUCCAAUUGACGUUAUCGCUUUAACCGGCGAAAAAGUAGAUAUUCAUAUUAUGAAGGAUGCACCUGCAGGGGAAUGGACAUAUUUAUCAACUGAAAUAACUGAUAAGAAUGGUAGAAUAACAUAUAAAAUACCUGAUGAUAAAGCAUUGGGAUAUGGUCUUUACCCAGUUAAAAUGAUUGUUAGAGGUGAUCAUACAUUCGUAGACUUCUUCUUGACUGUGAUUCCACCAAAAACAGAGUGCGUAGUAUUUAGUAUAGAUGGCUCAUUUACUGCAAGUAUGUCUGUAAGUGGAAAAGAUCCGAAAGUUAGAGCUGGAGCUGUUGAUAUUGUCAGACAUUGGCAAGAACUGGGAUAUUUAAUUAUAUAUAUUACUGCAAGACCUGAUAUGCAACAACAGAAAGUUGUUUCCUGGUUAUCUCAGCACAACUUUCCUCAUGGCCUUGUGUCCUUUGCAGAUGGUCUUUCAACAGAUCCCCUGGGUCAUAAAGCGGCAUAUUUAAAUAAACUUGUACAGGAACACGGUGUAAUAAUUCAUCACGCAUAUGGUAGCAGUAAAGAUAUUAGUGUUUACACUGCAAUUAAUCUUAAGCCAAAUCAAAUUUUCAUCAUUGGGAAAGUGUCAAAAAAAUACCAUGCUUUGGCAACUAUCCUUCACGAUGGUUAUGCUGCUCAUUUAAGUAUGCUACAGGCGCACGGAGGCUCGAGACCUGCUCAGGGUAAUGCACGUAUGGUGAUUCCAAGAGGUCAAUUCGGUUUACCCGGACAAAACGCUUCUCUACGACGAAGAAGCUCUUUUAGAUUGGCGAAGCGUGCAAUAUCUCAACCAACUCCGAGUAAAGUGGUCUAUCCCUUGGAACGAUCAACGAGUGUUGGGCCUCCAAUUUCAUCACAGACUACAUCAACCUUCCGAUCCACGGCACCAGAGAAACUUUGACGAUUCGCACGCUGCCGGUCGUUUUUUGAGCCCCGGCAUUAACUGUAUACAUUUAAACACUUUAAAAAUACGAGGAUAGUUCGAAGAGGAAGUCCUCGUAUAUUUCGACCGAUACGUGCUCAACAAUCUAAAGAAGAUGAUUCUACUUUGUUACUCCGCCUUUUUAUAUCCUCUCUGUAUACCUAUUGUAAAUUUUAAAAUGCUAUUCGAUAUUACGAAUCCAUGUUGUAUAAAAUGCGAUAAACUGUAUAGACUUCCCUAUUUGGUAUGAAGAAGGAACUUUCUAACUGAGAAAAAAUGGUUUGAACGUACGAGGACUUUGUCUUUUGUCCCUUUUAACGUGUUAUUAUAUCAUCUACCAUUUUAAACAAUGUGAUUAAUUUUUUUUUUACCAAUUUAUUAUAAGAGCUUUUUUCUAGUGAUCUUUCCAAGUAAACUGAUACAACGUCUUCUGCAAAAGAUGUGAUCGAGCACGAUCAAAAUUUUUGAUAAUGUAGUUUGGAUCAUGAAUUAUUGAGUCUAGUUCCUAAAUAUAAAUCGACAUCUUAGAAGAUAGAGAUCUCCUAGAAAAAAAAGCGCAAUCUUUUUUAAUAUUUUUUUCCAUUGUUUAAAAUUUUUAAUCGAUUGCAUGAUUUUAUUUCGAUUUUCGAUCAAGUUUCAAAAAUAUAUCCUACGAACUGUGUGUAUGUACAAUCAUGUUUUAUCUAAUUGAACUAUAUUAUUAUUCUAAUCAUAGUUCGUAAGAUAUAAAUAAAAGAAAAAAAGGACAGAUCGGAUUGAUUGAAAUUGUUACCUGAAUUUUCUUCAUUGUUGGCAAAAGAAAACUGAUAUUAAUCGUUACUGAUAAUUAGCUUUUAAGUACACUGUUAUUAUAGUAACUCUAAUUAUUGCCAAGAGUUAUUAUAUAUAACAAUAUAUGCGUAACGUUGCCCAAGUUCCUUCGGUGCUAUGUUAUUUUCAACUAUUCAUAUCGAUUUAUAAUAAGAGAAGGGAAGAAAUCGAUAAAAAAAAAUAUUAAAAAAAAAACAUGUUUUGUACGUUGUCUAUCGAGAAGUAUCGAGAGUAUAAUAGUAUGUUCUUCGAUAAACGUUGGUACAAAGAUAUUUCCCUCUUAAUUGCUAUAGUUCUAUGUCAUCAUAGUCAGCGGUUAUGUAAAUAUAUCAAAAUGUAUAUAAAUAAGUAUUAUUAUAAAAUGUUCAUGGAUAAAAUAUUUAGAUUAUAGACAAAUAUUGAUUUAUUAAUUUCUAUACGAACUUCGUCAACGAAAAUUCUAUCCAAAUGAUAAUAAAAGUAUAAUAGUUUCUUCUACGUGAAUGGCAUAAUUCGAUGACGAAGAACGUUGAUAUUAAUUAUUGAAUAUGUUUUCGAAGAUAGUACGCUUAUAAUUAAAUUAUUAAUUAUCAUGUCCGUUUCUAAUCGUGAACGUAUAUUUAAUUUUGUAAUUGAUGACAAGUCAAAUAAUGUAUUGUCGCUUGAUAUUAUUAUAAUUCAUUAAUAUGAUAAUUAUUUAAUGUUAUAAAAAAAGUCAGUGGGUACAAACAAAGAUACUAAAGUAAAGCAUGUGGCGAAAGUGAUGUAACGAUUAUUCGAAUUUCAUUACCAUAUUAUUAUAAUAGACAAUGAAUUACAUAUAUUUUUUUUAUUUUCGCAAAAAAAAAAUGAUUUGACAUCAGAUGAAAUUAGAUCAAUAGAAAAAUAUAUUUAAUUAAAUUUAUUGUUGUGCUAUCAUUGUUCCUUGGCUGUAUUAGUAAUAUAUGUAGUUGGUUGAAGAUCUGCCAUUGAUCUAGUUCUGAUGUUAAUAAACAGAAUCUAGACGUAUUUUACAGUGCUACCUUCUUCAUAAUAUGAAGAAAUAAUUAAUAAUUAAACUGAAAUAUCGACUGUUUAUAUUAUUGUAAAGAUGCACGAAUAUAGUUCUGUAUAUGGAUAUACCAUAUACAGAUGUAUACAAUUAUACAUCUGUAAUAAUAUGACCGUGUAUAUGUAUAUAUAUUUAACAAUAUUAUGUACAUAUAUAUAGGGUGUUUCAAAAAUAUAUAAUUUUUUAGUUUAUCUAUUAAUUGUUAGAAAUCAUAAGAGAUGUAUAAAAAUAUUUAUCUUAAUUGGUCAAAAGACCAUGGAUUCUUAAUCAAUUUUUGCAUUGUUAAUUCAUAUACAAAUAUUAAAGAUUAUUUUACGAAUGUUGAAAAUGUUAUUUACUUUUAGAAGUUAUUCGCGAAAUACCCUUUAUAUGUAUGUAUACAACAACAUAAAUGUUAAGAUAGACAUAUACAUAUACAUAAAUGUAUAUGUGUAUAUUUAUUCUUAGAGUAAUAAGUGACUGCGAAAAAAUAUUUUACUUAUAUGAAUGAAUUAUUAUCAAUAGUAAUAAGAAUUAUAUUUUUUUUAGCAUAACUUAAGUGACAAUUAUUAUUAACUAAUCAUUAUUUUAUAUUACGAUUUUACUCUCUAAUUAUAAUAAUUAUUUCAUAUAUCGGUGGCUCAUGAUUUUUUAAUCAAUCUCAAUUCAGAAUAAAUUGCCUGAUCGCUAAAAUUGUAUUCAACUUUCAUCAUUGAGUAUUACAAUAAAUUAUAAAUUAUUGGCGUUUAA